GCACUAGUGGGCAGCACUGGUGUGUGGGCACAGGUGGGUGGCACUGGUGGGCACAGGUGGGUGGGCACAGGUGGGUGGCACUGCUGGGCACAGGUAGGUGGCACUUCUGGGCACAGGUGUGUGACACUGCUGGGCACAGGUGGGUGCACUGCUGGGCACAGGUGGGUGAUCUGCUGGGCACAGGUGGGCGGGGCUAGUGGGCGCACUGCUGGGCACAGGUGGGCGGAACUUGUGGGCAGCACUGAUGGGCACUGAUAGGCAGCGCACGUAUUGGCACUGUUGAGGUGGCACGGAUAGGCAGCACUGAUGGGCACUGAUAGGAUGCACUGACAGGAGGCACUGAUAGGCGGCACUGAUAGACGGCAUUGAUGAACUUGCACUGAUGGGCAGCACUGAUGGGUGACACAGAUGGGCGGCACUGAUGGGCAC